UGAAGUGCUCAGACCCCUCUGCCACUCCAAUGCGGGGCAAGAAACCCAUUGUGGGUUUAAUUGGACCAGGGUCAAGCUCCGUGGCCAUCCAGGUUCAGAACCUUCUACAGCUGUUCAACAUACCACAGAUUGCCUACUCUGCCACAAGUAUGGACCUCAGCGAUAAGAGCCUUUUUAAGUACUUUAUGCGUGUGGUGCCUUCAGAUGCCCAGCAGGCACGAGCUAUGGUGGACAUUGUCAAGAGAUACAACUGGAGCUACGUGUCUGCUAUAAACACUGAAGGCAACUAUGGUGAAAGUGGGAUGGAAGCAUUCAAGGACAUGGCAGCGAAGGAGGGCAUCUGUAUUGCCCACUCUGGCAAAAUCUGGAGCAAUGCUGGAGAGCAGAGCUUUGACCGUCUGCUGGAGAGACUCAGGGCCCACCUGCCCAAGGCCAGAGUGGUGGCCUGUUUCUGUGAGGGCAUGACUGUCCGCAACAUCCUCAUGGCCAUGAGACGUCAGGGACUGGUCGGGGAGUUUCUCCUCAUCGGCAGGUCAGUUGAGCCAUUAUGUGAUGUUUUUCUAUAUUAAGCUGGUAUCACAAUGUGGAAUAACAAUGAAGACUACAUCAUUUUAAUACAGAAAAAGGGUAAAAACAGAAUUCAAUUACCAACAAAAGUUCCAAACAAAUAAUCCACAGAAGGGGAAAAAAAAACUCAAGGAGC